AUGAAGUGUGUGGAUGAGCCCCAAUGGUGCAAGCCAGGGAACCCUAUUCUCACUGUUACUGCAACCAACAAUUGCCCACCAAAUUGGAAUCAGGCUAGUGACAAUGGAGGAUGGUGCAAUCCGCCACGCGAGCAUUUCGAUAUAGCGAAGCCUGUGUUCCUCAACAUUGCUGAGUACAAGGCGGGCAUUAUUCCUGUCGCGUACCGCAGGGUUCCAUGCCAGAAGAAAGGGGGCAUGCGAUUCACAAUAACCGGGAACCCUUAUUUCAAUGAAGUGUUGGUAUGGAAUGUGGGAGGAGCUGGGGACAUCAUCAGCGUGCAGGUGAAGGGCUCCGACAAGCUCAAAUGGACAGCAAUGAGUCAGAUGUGGGGUCAGCGGUGGGUUACCGGUGCCAAGAUGGUCGGUGAGUCACUGACCUUCCGAGUUGAAGCAAGUGAUAAACGACACUCAACUUCAUGGCAUGUUGCGCCCAAGACUUGGCAGUUUGGCCAGACUUUUGAAGGCAAGAACUUCCGAUAG